AUGAGUCGUUUCUUUGCAACUGGUUCGGAUUCCGAAUCCGAAAGCGCAUCUGAGGAGGAGCAGGUGCAAAGAGCGCCAGCGACAGCUUUUACUUUUAGCGAUGAUGAAGAGGAAACAAAACGAGUUGUACGCUCCACCAAGGAGAAGAGAUAUGAAGAGAUUGCUAAUCUUAUAAAGCUCAUUAGGAACUACAAGAAAAUUAAAGAUAUGAGCAGUAUGCUGUCCAGUUUUGAAGAUCUGAUGCGCGCUUACCAAAAAGCCCUACCUGUCGUUACAAAGGAGGAACUCGGACAAACCCCACGAUUCUACAUUCGAUGUUUAGUAGAAAUGGAGGACUUUAUUAACGAAGUAUGGGAAGAUCGUGAUGGACGCAAAAAUAUGUCGAAAAAUAAUUCCAAAUCCCUUUCAACAAUACGUCAAAAGUUACGUAAAUAUAACAAGGAUUUUGAAGAAGACAUAAGCAAAUUUAGAGAGAAUCCCGAUCAAGAUGACGAUGAAGAGGAAGAGAAAGCUGAAGAAGUUAUAGAAUCUGAAGAAGAAGAGGAUAGCGCUGUAGCUUUCAAGAAGGCAGGCUCAGAGGCUAGUGAACCUGAUGUGGCCAAGUUUAAGAAAGGGGUAACUGAUGGCGAAGAGGGUAGCGAAAGCGAAUCUGACUGGGGUAGCGAUUCUGACAGCGAAAGUACCAGUAGCGACGAUGAAGGCCAAUAUCAGAAUAUCCGCGAACGUUUCAUCAAAAAAGCUUCGACGCAGGAGGAGGACGAGGACAAAACAAAAAGAAAGGAACAGCGAAAGGAACGUAAGGAGAAGGAACGUAAAAAGAAACGCGAUGAAGAUGACGGCGAAGGCGAAUGGGAGACCGUCAAAGGUGGCGUGGCUAUUCCAUCCGAGAAGCCAAAGAUGUUCGCCAAGGAUGCCGAGAUCAAUAUCGGCGCGGUGCUGAAGAAACUCUCCGAGAUAAUAGCAGCUCGCGGCAAAAAGCGCACUGAUAGACGAGAGCAAAUAGAGCUCCUGCACGAGUUGCAAUCGAUAGCCGAUGCGCACACUCUCGGUCCGGCAGUAGCUGUAAAAAUUAAGUUUUCCAUCGUCUCUUCCAUAUUUGACUACAAUCCCAAAGUUUCCGACGCUAUGAAACCUGAAUAUUGGGCCAAAAUUUUGGAGCGGAUUACCGAGAUGCUGAACAUGUUACUGAACAACACGGAUAUGGUAAUAGCGGAAACAAUCACGGAAGAAAUGGAAGAGUUCGAGACGCCACCUUACAAGAUGCAUGGCUGCGUAUUGACGUUGGUGGAGCGUCUCGACGAGGAGUUUAUAAAAUUGCUGAAGGAGUGUGAUCCACACAGCAACGAAUAUGUAGAGAGAUUGAAAGAUGAGAAGCAAGUAGCUGCCAUAAUUGAUAAAGUGCAAGAAUAUUUGGAGAGACAAGGCACUGUAUCCGAACUUUGUCGCGUCUAUCUGCGCAAAGUCGAGCACCUGUAUUACAAAUUUGAUUCAAACGUGCUGAAACAAAAGGAGGGUGAACUGGAAUCAGACGCAAUCACAUCCGUGCAAAUCAUGGAGAAAUUGUGCAAAUACGUAUACGCUCAUGAUAAUACUGAUCGGCUGAGAACUCGUGCGAUUCUUUCGCACAUCUAUCACCAUGCCCUUCACGAUAAUUGGUUCCACGCUCGCGACUUGAUUCUGAUGUCACAUCUGCAGGAAACUAUACAGCAUUCCGAUCCAGCCACACAGAUUCUGUACAAUCGUACGAUCGCUCAUUUGGGAUUAUGUGCAUUCCGUCACGCGAAUAUCAAGGAUGCCCACAACUGCUUGGUCGACUUAAUGGUUACAGGCAAAGUGAAGGAACUUCUUGCACAAGGUCUGCUUCCACAGCGCCAGCACGAGCGCAGCAAAGAGCAGGAGAAAAUCGAGAAACAGAGGCAAAUGCCUUUCCACAUGCAUAUUAAUCUGGAACUGCUUGAAUGCGUAUAUCUCGUCUCAGCAAUGCUUAUCGAGAUUCCUUAUAUGGCUGCUCACGAAUUUGACGCGAGGAGAAGAAUGAUUUCCAAGACGUUCUAUCAGCAGUUGAGAUCGAGCGAACGUCAGUCGUUGGUCGGACCGCCAGAAUCCAUGAGGGAGCACGUCGUUGCUGCCGCGAAGGCGAUGCGCAAUGGAAAUUGGUCCGCUUGCAACAAUUUCAUCAUAAAUGAAAAGAUGAAUGCGAAGGUCUGGGACCUCUUUUAUCAAGCAAGCAAGGUCCGAGAGAUGCUCACCCGAUUGAUAAAGGAAGAAUCGUUGAGAACUUACCUGUUCACGUACUCGCAUGUCUACGAUUCGAUCUCGAUGCCGAAACUCGCUGAUAUGUUCCAGUUGAAGCGGCCCAUAGUCCAUUCUAUUAUCAGCAAAAUGAUCAUCAACGAAGAGCUCAUGGCAUCAUUGGACGAUCCGACUGGUACCGUUGUCAUGCAUCGUAGCGAGCCUAGCCGUCUACAGUCCUUAGCCGUGCAACUUACCGAUAAAGUAAAUAAUUUCGUUGAUUCGAACGAGCGUAUCUUCGAAAUGAAACAAGGCAACUUUUUCUCAAGAGGAAAUCAGGGUAAUUUCCGCGAUCGUCAAAAUUAUGGUCGCCAAGGACAGGAUUGGGGACGGCAGAGGCGUGACCGUGAUCGCGAUCGCGAUCGUAAUCGAGAAGAAAGCCGAAAUUAUUAAAUUAAAUUUUGGAAGAUAUUCGAAAGUAAUAACAUUUGAGCGCAUUUAUGUAAAUAAUACAUAAAUAAAUAGUAAGUCUUAAAUAAUAGUAUAUUAAGUAAUAUUUGCGACGAUAAUAUACAAUUCUUGUAACAAUUCGUUUGCUUUCAUAUUUGUCUUACAAAAGAAGAAGAUAUAAGCAAAAUUAUAAUCGUUUGUAAAAACUUACACAUAAAGAUAUUACACAAU